UUGACUGAGCUUGCAGCUCAAGGCUGGCGUAGCGGCCGCAGCGGGAGGUUUGUUUACUCCAUAGUCUAUACCAGUCGGUAAUAAAUAAUAAAAGGUAAUAACCAUCUCUCGGAGACCAGUCAUUAGUUUUGGUAGCAGCAGCGGGAUUAUUUUUCCAUCUCCGUGGUGGCCUUGAGACUGCUGAAGAAUAUCAAGUUAUUCUGAGAGAAAGUCCUUGACGUUUUCAUAGCCAGAAUAUAGGCCGAUAAUUUCUAGCCAUGCCUCGGUGUGCACAGAGUGGUGGCGCAGGGGCCGAGGGGGUCACAGCUUCGAAGCCGAACGCGCAGGGUGGUCGGCGAAGGUUGCGUGACAUUUUUCGUCGGGGCCGCAAGCAACAAGCUGCCAGCACACUCGAUGAGACAGUGACGACCAAUGAAGACCCUCUUAUAAGCAGCAGCAGCAACAGCAGCACGACACUGGAGCAGGAUUCGCUAGUGGACAGCAGAGACAAUCAAAAGGCGUAUUGUGAUGAUGAGGUGGACAACAAUGGAGCCACUCCUCCGGCUACCGAACGCUCGUGUCCCGUUUGCUGUGCGGUGUUGGCGGCUGAUGACUUCCCGGCCAUGACACUCGCAUGCACACACAGUACGUGUCGCUCGUGUCUUGAGACGUAUUUCAAGCAGGAGAUUAUGGAGUCUAGAACAGGAUUGAAAUGUCCGCAGUGUGAAAACGAGUACGAAGCUCAUGACAUCACCAGAAUCCUGUCACAAAGUGAGAAUCCAGUGCUGGUGGACAGAUACCUUGAGUUUACGCUACGUCGUUCACUGGCGAGUAUGCCUGACAUUCGCUGGUGUCCCGCACCCGAUUGUGGCUAUGGUGUGAUCGCUAACAACUGUGCAAGCUGUCCAAAGUUAACGUGCAAGCGACCAGAGUGCGGGAAAACAUUCUGCUACUUAUGUGAAACGGAAUGGCAUCCGUGCGAGACAUGCAUUGAGGCGUUCACACGGCGUCUCAGCGAGAGCAUGGAGACUGCGAUCGCCGCCGAGAAUGCCGGAAGGAACACACGUUCGGCCACAUCAGGAGCAGCUGCAACAUCAUCCCUGUGGAAGAGGAGAGGCUGGACGUCGCAAGGGAAGCAUCAGCAUGCCGAUGAAGGGGUGCUGUUGGUGAAGCUAUGCCCUAGUUGUCGCACAAAGAUCUGCCUCGCUGUCGGCUCAUGCAAUGAACUGCGGUGUCCUCAAUGUUUACACCCAUUCUGCUGGCUAUGUCUACAGUCACUUGCGGAUGAUCUGCAUUUCUUUAGUGCCUCAGGAUGCACGUACUUUGGAUCGCGUACCUGGAGUCGACCGAGCACGGUAGCUGCACAGCUGCUGACAGUUGCCGGUGCACCUCUCGUCCUGGCCGCUGUGACCGUUGCCAUACCACCACUUACGCUCAUCUACUUUCCCGCCAUCCUAGUGUAUUUUGUAUCUACAUCAGGUGACAAGUCACCAGCGCGCAAGCGCCUGACCAUCGUAUGGUCUGCAGUGGCUGGUCUUCUCCUCUCUCCCAUUGUGGCUGCACUUUGCAUAGUACUUGCUAUACCGCUUGGCCUUGUGUACGCCUACGGGUACAUACCAUACAAGAUGUUCAAACGCCGGAAACCGUCACCGCAUUGCUUCGGCAUCGAUGUCGAUGACGCUGAGUUGUGUCUGUACACGACGGACGACCCGGAAAGCGAUGCCAGGAUGCUGUUCCCCCCAUGAUGUGCCGGAAACGCACUCCGGGAUGCCCCCAAAGUUGAUGACCCUGCCGACAGGAGCACCCGCCUGAAUAAGAGGAGCGAGUUAAUCUCCAAAUGCCGUCAUGCCAACAAGUUUAAACUCAGUAGGGUAACAUGAUGAACGACAAAUACAUGAGCCACGCCAGGCUGGGGGUGGCUGUUUUGCCCGUCAAGGGUCGGGGAAGUGGCGGUCGGGGCUGGGUUCCGUGGGGCGCGGGAAUGGUGAGCACUCCCGAGGGCUCAUGGCUCACGCACUUUGGCAGGUCUUAGCUUCUGCCGCCGGUUUUCCUAUGCCUUGGCGGGUAUGGUAGUUACCCCUUGGCCUGGCGUGAGUGUUUCCCACUACACACAAUCCCCAUCACCAUUUUUACCACCCUAGGUCACAAUGUCAUGUGUCACAAUGCAGCACAAAUCUGUACUGAUGUGUUGCCAGAGAAUCGCGCUGUUCCUCUACCCAGGCUAUGCUCUAUACUCUCGACAUCUUUUUCCUCUUAUAAUCACGCUGAUUUUGUCACCCCUUUUCCUCCCGCUAUUGAAAUGUUGUACCUCCAUCACCUCUGCCCUCUUCUCUCAAGACCCUCCGUAUAUAUUCUAGUGAUUGUUAGUCUUGGUCAUAAUGCUCAGCUGUGUGAUGAGUGUUCUCACACAUACCGGUAGCUCCGAGUAACAGCGGAAAGAGACUUGUUUGCUUCAUUGCUGUGUAUUAUUUGUAUCUAUCCAUCUACAAGUAUCUCUCUCUCUCUCUC